AGAAGUAGAAAAAGUGUCUUCUCUUUGAAAUGGCGUUAAAGGAGGCUGGCGGUUCUCUUCCUGUUCCCAACGUUCAACAGCUAGCUUCGAGCUCCAACGAUGUACCCAUUAGGUACAUACGCCCUGAACUCGAGCUCGAACGAGUUUCUAGUGAUGAUGAGUAUGUUCAAGUUCCAGUGAUCGAUAUGAGCAAGCUGGAUGAUGGUGACGACGAUGAUGAUGUCGAGUUGGCUAAACUGCAUUCGGCUUGUAGGGAUUGGGGAUUCUUCCAGGUGAUCAACCAUGGGAUUGCGGAGGAGGUGAUUCUAAAAAUGAAGGCAGACAUUGAAGAAUUCUUCAACCAACCAAUGCAAGUGAAAAUGGAAUCUGCACAGCUACCAAAUGGCUUUGAAGGAUACGGCCAAGUGUUUGUCGUAUCGAAAGAGCAAAAGCUUGAUUGGGGUGACAUGUUGUUCAUCAUUACACAACCUAUUCAUGGAAGAAGCAUGGAGUUGUGGCCGAGAAUUCCCUCUUCGUUCAGGGAAACUCUCGAGCAGUAUUCGAUAGAGCUAGAAAAGCUAGCUAGAUGCUUGUUGAGUUUCAUGGCCAGGAACUUGGGGCUCGAGUCUGAAAAGCUACUCACUUUGUUCAACGAAGGAUUGCAAAGUAUGAGAAUGAACUACUAUCCGCCAUGUGAGCAAGCUAACAAGGUCAUCGGUCUUGCCCCACACUCCGAUGGUAGUGGAUUGACUUUGCUGACUCAGGUGAAUGAAGUACAAGGUUUGCAAAUCAGGAAAGAUGGGAAAUGGGUUCCCAUUCAUCCCAUUCCGGGUGCCUUCAUCGUUAAUAUCGGCGAUGUGCUUGAGAUCAUGAGCAAUGGAGAAUACAAGAGCAUCGAGCACAGGGCAGUAGUGAAUCCAGAAAAAGAGAGGCUUUCAAUUGCAACAUUCCACAGCCCAAACUUUAGUGCCACGAUUGGACCAUUGUCGAACCUUCUCACCAAGGACAAGAAGGGACAAGCACCAAAUUACAAAUCCAUAUCACACGAGGAUUAUUUGAAGCUUGGGGCAAAAAUUAAACUCGACGGCAAAGGAAAAGGCCUUAUUCAUCAAAUGAAAAUACAACCUGAAGCCCUCAAUGGUGAAAAAUAGUUCCGAAGUUCAAAAUAAACUAGUUCAAUGCAUUUGUACUUCAAACUGUGUAACAAUGAUGGAAAAGAGGUAUGAUGAUCCAAUUUUAUCGAGUGAAUUUUUAAAUAUUUACUUCAUAUAUUUGAAAUUACAUCACUUAUAGCAGUUAUGAGGAUGAGCACACCCAUUGCACUUUUUUAUGAUGAAAAUAGGGCGCUAAGAGUGCCCUAACCGUUAUUAAUCAAACUAAACGGGGAGUUUGAGCCUCAACAUGAUCAAAGUAAAACCAGUAC